AGAGAGAGAGAGAGACACCAAUGAGGUAUUUCACAAGGAUGCAUAGUAGCUGGCCAGGAUUGGGCACAGCUAGAGGCAUUUGCUGGCUGCUGUUGCUCCAACUGGUGCUAGCAGCUCCGCCUGCCUCACAAGUGGAUAUUCAAGGACGCAUUAUUGGCGGCCAGCGUGCGGCAGCUGGGCAAUUUCCAUGGCAGGUGAUAUUGAAGCGCGAUGAAUGGGAUGAUUUGCUGUGCGGCGGCUCCAUCAUAUCGAACAGCUGGGUCCUGACCGCGGGCCACUGUGCGUACGGCCGGAGCUCGCUCUAUCUGAUCUUUGGCAGCGUUGAGCUGAAUCCGGAAGAAGCGAUAAAUAUGACGGCCACGCAGCUGUUCGUGCAUCCCAAUUACAAUGACAAGAUGAACAACGAUGUGGCGCUGGUGCAGCUGCCGCAGCAGCUGAUCUUCUCGAGCACAAUUCAGCCCAUCCAGCUGGUGAGCAGCCAACAGGCCAACAACAACUAUGUGGGCACGCAGGCGACCAUCGCCGGCUUUGGCCUGAUCGACGAUGAGUACUUGGACUUUUCGCAGGAGCUGCUCUAUGCCCAGGUGCAGGUGAUCGCCAACGACAAGUGCCUCACGAUCUUUGGCUCGAACGUGGUGCUGGCAUCGACACUGUGCGCCGAGGGCUAUGCGGGCAGCACGAUGUCCACGUGCAGCGGCGACUCCGGCGGACCACUGAUCGUGUAUAGCAGCGAUGCGAAUGCCUGGAUACAGAUUGGCAUCAAUUCGUUUGUCGCCGAGGAUCAGUGCACCAGCGGCUAUCCAUCGGGCUAUGUGCGUCUCACCUCGUUCUUGGACUAUAUCGCCGAGACAACGGGACUGACACUCAGCUAAACUGAUGCCGUGGCUAAGAUAAUAAUCAAUCAAAAGUCCACUUCCUUCUAUUUCGCAAAUAAAGCGCAAAUAUAUAGCACUCGAAUAAACCAAAAA